AUGGUGUCCUUCAAUGUGGAAGGAGAAGUAGAAAGUCAACUUGAUAUCACCAACCUGAUCACCUUCCCCAAUCAUACUUUUCAGAGGGUGAAAGUUGGAAAGCUUGAUCCCAAGUCUGCAGAAGGAAAACAAAUCUCCCUUAACCAGGAUAUGAUAGUGUGGCAUAAAGCUUUUAACCAGGUGUACAAUGUGGCCCCUCAUUCGGUGUGUAAUGAGUAUUGCCAACCAGGUUAUCAGAAGAAGAAGAAGGAAGGGAAGAAAUUUUGUUGCUAUGAUUGUGCUCCUUGCCCAGAAGAAAAGAUUUCAGACAAGAAAGACAUGAAUGACUGUUUCAAAUGCUCGGAAGAACAGUAUCCAAAUGAAAACCACACUCAAUGCAUCCCAAAAGUCAUAACUUUUCUCUCCUAUGAAGAACCUUUUGGAAUCAGCUUAGCUUCUGCUGCUCUCGUUUUCUCUUUCACCAUGCUCUUUGUGCUUGACAUAUUCAUUAAGCACAGAGACACUCCAAUUGUCAAAGCCAACAACCGAGAUCUCUCUUACAUUCUCCUUGUCUCCCUUCUGCUUUGUUUCCUCUGCUCUUUGCUUUUUCUUGGUCCACCAAGGAGGAUCACCUGUCUUCUACGACAGCCCACUUUUGGUAUGACUUUCUCAAUGGCCAUUUCUUGUGUCUUGGCCAAAACCAUCACAGUGGUGGUGGCUUUCAUGGCAACAAGACCAGGGUCCAACAUGAGGAAGUGGGUGGGGAAAAGAUUGGCCAACUCCAUUGUAGUCUCCUGUUUCUUCAUUCAAGCAGUUCUUUGUGUUGUGUGGAUGACAAUCUUUCCCCCAUUCCCAGAUCUGGACAAACAGUCAUUCACCAAACAAAUCAUUGCAGAAUGUAAUGAGGAGCCCAUUGUGAUGUUUUUCCUUGUCUUGGGGUAUAUGGCGCUUCUGUCCAUCAUCAGCUUCAUGGUGGCCUUCCUAGCCAGGAACCUUCCAGAGAGUUUCAAUGAAGCCAAGUUCAUCACCUUCAGCAUGCUGGUGUUUUGCAGCAUUUGGUUAGCUUUCCUUCCAGCCUAUCUCAGCACCAAAGGGAAAGAGAAGCUAGCGGUGGAGAUCUUCUCCAUCUUGGCCUCCAGUGCUGGUUUACUCGGUUGCAUCUUUGUACCCAAAUGUUAUAUUAUUCUGAUCAAACCAGAGCUGAACACCAAAGAACAGCUGACAAAGAGGAAGAACUAA